CGCCGCCGCCGCCGCCGCCGCCGCCGCCGCCGCCGCCGCCGCCAUGGGGAAGCGACAGCACCAGAAGGACAAGAUGUACAUUACCUGUGCUGAAUACACUCACUUCUAUGGUGGCAAGAAACCAGAUCUCGCACAAACAGAUUUUCGUCGUCUACCUUUUGACCACUGCAGUCUCUCUCUACAGCCCUUUGUCUACCCGGUCUGCACCCCCGAAGGCGUCGUCUUUGACUUGCUGAACAUUGUCCCUUGGCUUAAGAAGUAUGGGACCAACCCCAGCAACGGAGAGAAACUGGACGGGAGGUCCCUGAUCAAGUUGAACUUUGCAAAAAACAGUGAAGGGAAGUACCACUGCCCUGUGUUGUUCACCGUCUUCACCAACAACAGCCACAUCGUGGCCAUCAGGACCACUGGCAACGUCUACGCCCACGAGGCGGUGGAGCAGCUAAACAUCAAGGCCAAGAACUUCCGAGACCUGCUGACCGACGAGCCCUUCUCCCGGCAGGACAUCAUCACCCUACAGGACCCCACCAGUUUGGACAAAUUCAAUGUCUCCAACUUCUUUCAUGUUAAGAAUAACAUGAAAAUAAUAGACCCAGAUGAAGAAAAGGCCAAGCAGGACCCAUCUUAUUAUUUGAAAAACACGAACACGGAGACCCGAGAGACGCUGCAGGAGCUCUACAAGGAGUUCAAAGGGGACGAGAUGCUGGCGGCCACCAUGAAGGUCCCCGAGAAGACAAAGGUGGACAGGCUGAACGCUGCCCACUAUUCCACCGGGAAGGUCAGCGCCUCCUUCACCUCCACUGCCAUGGUUCCCGAGACCACGCAUGAAGCAGCUGCCAUUGAUGAGGACGUGCUGCGCUACCAGUUCGUGAAGAAGAAGGGCUACGUGCGGCUGCACACCAACUUGGGUGACCUCAACCUGGAGCUGCACUGCGACCUGACGCCAAAAACCUGUGAGAACUUCAUCAAGCUUUGUAAGAAGCAGUACUACGAUGGCACCCUCUUCCACAGGUCCAUCCGAAACUUCGUGAUACAGGGGGGUGACCCCACGGGCACAGGCACAGGGGGGGAGUCGUACUGGGGAAAGCCCUUCCGAGACGAGUUCCGGCCCAACCUCUCGCACACGGGCCGCGGUGUCCUCAGCAUGGCCAACUCGGGGCCCAACACCAACAAGUCUCAGUUGUGGAUGGCAGCCUUGCUGGCAACCGAACAGUCAGGAUGCCCGUCACAGUCUGUCAGCUUCAUCACCUUCCGCUCCUGCGCUUACCUGGACAGGAAGCACACCAUCUUCGGGCGGGUUGUUGGAGGCUUUGACACACUGACGGCCAUGGAGAAUGUGGAGAGUGACCCCAAAACUGACCGCCCUAAGGAGGAGAUUCGCAUGGACUCCACCACAGUGUUUGUGGACCCCUACGAGGAAGCCGACGCCAAGAUCGCUGAGGAGCGGAAGAAGACGCGGCUGGAGGCAGCGGCCCUGGAGAGCACAGCCAAGACCAGCCAGCCCCAGCAGGGGAGCCAGGGCCCCCAGACGUACCGCCAGGGAGUGGGCAAGUACAUCAGCCCGGUGGUCACGAAACGGGUAGCAGAGGAAGAGCCCUCCACCAGUGCAGCUGUCCCCGUGGCCAAGAAAAAGCCCAGCCGAGGUUUUGGGGACUUCAGCUCGUGGUAGCAGGCUGGCUGCUCUGGAUUCUGGUAGGGACUUGGACUGUGUCCCGAGUUGUCUGCCCUUUGAGCUGCAACUCAAUAAAGCUCUGGUCUAUUG